GGGUGGUGAUCAGUGGGGUCGGGUCAUGGGCAUGAUGUCGCCUGGCACCCGCGAGCUGGCUGCUAACACCUACGCCAACAAGCACGCCAAGUGGGUUGAGGCCAAGGCUGCUGUGCUGGUUGUGGAGGAAUCGGCCGCCGCCCGCAAGCACCGUGUCCUCUCCCAGGCGGCACUUUCCGAUCCCCCGCACCCUGCCGAGGCCAAGCCCCGGGCGCUGGCCUUUGCUGACGAGGUCAAUCUUCCACUCUGCCAUGUUCUCCUCAUUGAUCCCCGUCCCAACAGGCCGUCUUCGAUUCAGGUUACUGUCGCAGCUGCUGCUGCAGCGCCAAAGCCCGGCGAUCUUGCCCUGGAGGAGCUUGCAUCGCCCGCGCGCUCAGCCUUUGCCAACAUCACCAACGCGACUGUAGCAGAGUCGAACAUGGCGAUGCGCAAUGGCGGCGGCCGUAGCCGAGCGCACGCUGCCAAGGCUAAGCACGGCCCACGGGCGCCCCGCAGCAGCGGAUCAGGCUCGACCGCCCGGGCCAUGGCCCUGCACGAGCGCGAAAUGCGCCAGAUGCAGCUCAAGCUCGCCGCUAUGCCGCUGCAUCCGCUGCAGAUGUUUGGCGUACCGCCACCUGGCCCGCACAGCAUCCAUCCUGCCAGAGUCCGCUCCGGCGGCUACCCUUCCAGCCAUAGACCACCGGGCUCCAACUCUCGCGGACCGAGCCGAUCGGCCGUCCCCCAUGCUAACCCCAACCCCAACCCCAACCCUAACCCCAACUCCAGUCUUGGCCACAAGCCCAAGUUGCGCUCUGGCUCCAUCUCCGUGCCGAUGUCCGGACCGAUGCCGUCGUACCCGUCGCUCCUGCGCUGA